AAACUACUUGUCCACCCUAUACCUUGCAAUUCAAUAGAUAGGGAGAAAGCAGCUCCCUAUCUUUAUCACAAAUACCCCCUCCCUUUUUUCUCUACUGUCCAUUCAAGAACCGAUUUUCAUAUCCUAUCCAAAAUGGCUUGCUCUGCUUCUUCUUCAACUGCACUUCUUUCUUCCACCUCUAGAGCUGCUGCCAUUUCCCCCAUUUCUCAAUCACUAUCCCUUCCUUCUUCUUUCAAUGGACUUCGAACUUGCAAGCCCUUUGUUUCUCGUGUAACCCCUUCCCUCUCUACACGUGUCGCUCAAUCACAACGCCGUCGUUUUGCUGUUCGUGCCUCUAGUGAACUCCCACUUGUUGGAAACAAAGCGCCAGACUUUGAGGCAGAAGCUGUUUUCGAUCAAGAAUUCAUCCAGGUUAAACUAUCCGAGUACAUCGGGAAGAAAUAUGUGAUUCUCUUCUUCUACCCACUUGACUUCACAUUUGUUUGCCCUACAGAGAUCACUGCUUUCAGUGACCGUCAUGAGGAAUUUGAAAAACUGAACACAGAAAUAUUGGGUGUUUCCGUAGACAGUGUGUUCUCCCACCUUGCAUGGGUCCAAACUGAUAGAAAGUCUGGUGGUCUAGGUGAUCUGAAAUAUCCAUUAAUUUCUGACAUAACCAAGUCAAUUUCAAAAUCAUACAAUGUACUUAUCCCUGAUCAGGGGAUUGCAUUGAGAGGACUUUUCAUCAUUGACAAGGAAGGAGUUAUUCAACAUUCGACCAUUAACAAUCUUGGAAUUGGUAGGAGCGUUGAUGAAACAUUGAGAACUCUUCAGGCGUUGCAAUACGUUCAGGAUAACCCAGACGAAGUGUGCCCAGCUGGAUGGAAGCCUGGGGAGAAAUCCAUGAAGCCUGAUCCCAAGGGCAGCAAAGAAUACUUUGCAUCCAUUUGAGGGGAUGAAUGAAAUUGCUUUUAUCUAAUUUGUUGUUUGGAGAAGCUGGAGAGGAUACUUUUCUGUAACAUUUUUCCAAGGUACCGGUUGAGUUUUGGCAUUUUUCAGAAUAGAUAUGUACACUCAUGUAUUCUGCCUUUGAAAGCCAGUACCUUAAAAUAAUGUGACAACCCAAGUCCAUGAUUCA